AUGGUCAGCUCGGGCUGUGUUGUAGCAACUGCUUCGUACACACUGCCCAUUCUUGCGUGCUGCAGCUGGAGCCUUCUGUCGCUCCUGAACGCUGAGUUGCCCUUCUUGCAAAGGCUCCAACGCUUUUUCGAGUCUGGGACUCCGCAUGAAGAGCCAGCUCCUUCCGACGGUGGGACCCCAGAAGAAGCCAAGCGAAAACAUGGGCAGUGGCCCGUGAUGUCCGUCGAUUUUGCGAAGCCAUCGCUCGGCCUUUGUUUGUGGUGCUGCUUUCCGCUAUUGGGAUAUGCAGUGGUCCGCGGCCUGAGUGGCUGUCAACAGUAUACGUGGUAUUGCUGGCAAGUAGAGGACCAGACGACUUCCGCACACUUGCGCAACCUCCUCCACCUGCUGGCCGCAAGCAUCCUGUUGGCAUGGCUUUGUAGCGUACCCCCAAGUGCAGCACGAUACCGUGCCUUGUUCGUGGUCAUUGCUUUCUUUGAGUUUCUCAUCAACAAGGCAAUUUGGGAUAGCUGCGAGGACUUCAUGGCUCACAGCGUCUCUGUUGGAAGCACAUUUGGCGCCUUUGAUGUUUUUAUUGCAUUAACCACGCUGCUAACGCUGGUGAUCCACACCUGCGAGGGUUUGCCGAGUCUGCGCCGAUGCUCUCAGAAGUUGUGCCAGACCAUAGGCCGUCCAGCAGCUACACAUCCAGAGCUCUACAUGAAUGCUUCAGGACAGAGGAACUAUCUCCUCUACAUGUGUUUCCUCUGCGUCUUCCACGUGUGUCUCUUCGUUGCCUUUUCGGAUGACGUCCACGCGCAUCACUACUGGAUGGGCUUCGUGGUGGCCUCCUGCUGCAUCUUUCCGACACCUUUGUCAAGGCUCAUGCUGCUCAAGUCCGUAAUGAUGGCCAUCGACGGUAUCGGGGUCUGGGGCGCAGAUGCCAUUCUGGGAGAAGAUGAGGGCGGCAUGUCCGAAAGCGACGCUGAUCUGCGGCUAAUCUUGUGUGUGCUCGUGGUCGUGGCGCUUGCGGUUGCAGUAGGCGUCAACCUGUAUCGAGAUCGGUGCAUGAUGUCUAGCAGUCGGCAGCCGACGGACACCGAGUGA